CCGUGGUCUGGUCGGAGUGAGACCGAACAGUCCGAACUUUGUGCGCUGUAUCUCCUGCACCAGCAGCAAACUCCGCGUCCAGCCGCCGGUCUGUCCGCCGCCUCUGCUCCAGCUCCUCCGGGAGGAAUCCUGUUUUCGGUGAGGGAGAGGGAGGGCGAGCCAGGCUGAAGCAGACUAACCCGGUUUGUGGGUCGGUUUAAAAGCCACCGACGGACACAAUGAGAAGAUGAAGCGGUUUCUGUGGAUUCUGGUGUUUUUCUGGGGGAGUUUUGAAUGGACCUGUGGGAGCGGUGUGAUGUUUACCAAGCACCCGUCCAAUCAGACAGUAUCCCAGGGUAACGCAGUGAGGCUGGGCUGUGCUGUUCAGGGAGUGAUGGAGCCGGACAUCGUGUGGAUGAAGGACGGAGACAAACUCUACAGCACAGACCAGAUGUUCAUCACACUGGGAGAGCAGCACUGGGAGACCUUCCACAGUGUGAAGUCGGUCCAGCAGCAGGACGCGGGUCAGUACUGGUGUGAGGUGGAGUUCCACGGCCUGACGUUCUCCUCUGAGCGAGCCUGGAUCACUGUGGAAGGUGUCCCUCACUUCCUCCAGGAGCCUCAGGACGUGGCCACGUUUCCCAAUGUGCCUUUCAACCUCACCUGUGCGGCGGUGGGCCCCCCUGAGCCCGUGCAGGUGCUGUGGUGGCUUGGUGGGAUCCAGGAGGGAGAGGCCAGGCCGUCCCCCUCUGUCCUCCACAUCCAAGGAGUCAACACCAGUGUAAAGUUUUACUGCGAAGCAAAGAACACCAGAGGGAUCUCAGUGUCCAGGACUGGUACCGUUCACAUUAAAGUGUUGCCGGCAGCUCCAGCUGGACUCCAAGUCCUGAGGAUGGUUGACAGCAACAUCACGUUGUCAUGGAACCCAGGAUUUUCAGGUCACUCUGAGCUGUCCACCUGCAUCAUCCAGGUCUCGAGGCGGUCUGUCCGGAGGCGGGACCUCCCUCAGCAGGAGGUUCCGGUUCCUCCUCACCUCCACGUGCUGUCAGGUCUGAGGAGUCACUCUAACUACAGUGUGAGGGUCUCCUGUGUGAACGAGGUGGGGGCGUCUCCUUUCUCUCCCUGGCUGCACUUCCACACACCUGAGUCAGUGCCCUCGGCGGCCCCCCGGAACCUGACCUUUGACCUCUCGGAGCAGCGGCUGUCUCUGAACUGGGCGACGCUUCAGGAGGACGAGCUGCAGGGUAAACUGCUGGCCUACAAGGUCCAGUGGACUCUGGGAGGAGAACCACAGGAGCCUUUGCUGUUUAAGGAGAACUGGGCUCAGCUGCCGGGCGGAGGACGCUUCUUUAACGCCUCCUUCCAGGUGUCAGCCUGCACCUCAGUGGGCUGUGGACCCUGGAGCCCCCCGGUGCUGGUGCUGCCUGCCUCAGUGCGGGUCCAGGUCCAGCGGAGCCACGUGUGGGUGGGUCUGCUGCUCGGACUGCUGGUGGCCACCGUGGUGGGUCUGCUGCUCGCCUUCGUCACUCAGCGCCGAGGAAAAGAGACGCAGUUCGGGUCGGUCUUUAAGUCUCCGGGUCCCGAGAGCUGCGUCUCCUUCACAGCAGCUCGAUCCUUCAGCAGAAACUGUGCUGAGCCGGAGUCCACAUUGGACAGUCUCGGUAUAAACAAUGACCUGAAGAACAAACUUCAGGACGUCUUGAUCCCAGUAAGACUGCUCACACUGGGAAACAUGCUGGGGAAAGGUGAGUUCGGCUCGGUGCGUGAGGCCUUCCUGAAGAUGGAGGACACGUCUCUCCAGAAAGUGGCUGUCAAAGUGUUGAAAUCUGACAUUACUUCAUCAGGUGACAUUGAGCAGUGUCUGAAGGAGGCAGCCUACAUGAAGGACUUCCACCACCCCAACGUCAUCCAGCUCAUCGGAGUGAGUCUUCACCGGCGUCCGGGCCAGCGGCUGCCGAUCCCGAUGGUGGUCCUUCCGUUCAUGAAACAUGGAGACCUGCACACCUUCCUGCUUCUGUCCAGACUGGGAGAGCAGCCGUUUGAUCUGUCCCUGCAGACUCUGAUCCAGUUCAUGUUGGAUAUCUCCCGGGGGAUGGACUAUCUGAGCAGCAGGAACAUCAUCCACAGAGACCUCGCCGCCCGAAACUGCAUGCUGGAUGAGAACAUGACGGUGUGUGUUGCAGACUUCGGUCUCUCUAAGAAGAUCUACAGUGGAGAUUAUUACAGACAAGGCUCCGUCUCCAAGCUGCCUGUGAAGUGGAUCGCUCUGGAGAGUCUGGCUGACAACAUCUACACCACACAGAGCGACGUGUGGGCAUUCGGUGUGACCAUGUGGGAGAUCAUGACUCGUGGUCAGACUCCGUACCCCGGUGUGGAGAACUCAGAGAUCUACGAGUUUCUGAUCAAAGGAGAACGACUGAAGAAACCUGCAGACUGUAGAGACGACAUUUAUGAGAUCAUGCACAGCUGCUGGAGUCCAGUUCCUAAAUGUCGUCCCAGUUUCCAACAUCUGGUUGGACAGCUGGAGGCGCUGUGGCUCAGCCUGUCCCCCGGCCCCCCACAGAAGGAGCCUUUACUCUAUGUUAACCUGGAGGGGGACGAGGGGGAGGAGGGAGAGAGGAUCAGGAAGGGAGGAGGAGGAGGAGCCAGGUCUCCGGGGCCGGAGGAAGCGGCGGCGGCAUCGAGCUGGAGCGUCCCCUGGCAGCAGGGGACAGUGGACGAGGAGAGGGACUGGCUGAUGGUGGGGUCCGGAGCCACGCUGGCCAUAGGAGGAGACUACAGGUACAUCAUCGGCCCCUGUGGAGGCGCCGAGGAGGGGGAGGAGGAGUCUGGUGAGGAAGGGAGGAGGAGGGAGUCAGUGGACGCUUCACCAGAGGAGGCGAGGGAUGAAGAGGACGAGGACGAGGACGAUGUCAUCAUUAACGUGUGAGGAAGGCUCGCCAAUCACAGUGCUCCUCCUCCUCCUCUCACUUGAUUGGACCUGUGCCUGAGCUCAUUAGUCAGCUGACCAGAGAGACGCUCACUUUAUGGCAGUGAGCAGCAGCAGGCGGGUGGAGAUGUUACUGAACUCUGAGCUCAGACUGAAGGUACAGACUGACUGACUGCCAGUGAGAGCACACACACACACACACACACACACACACACACACACACACACACACACACACACACGCACACGCGUGUUACUCAUGCAGCUUCAACAAUCAGUAAACACACGGCAGGGCUGGCGACCCUCUGCAGUCUCAUCACUGCUCGAUCGAUGUGCAGAUCAUUGACGGGAUGAAAGAUGUUCAGAUCAGUUUCAGAGUCCAGAACCCAAAGAGCUCAUUCAGGUGCUGUGACAGGAAACAGGAAGUCGUUACCUGGAAAUGACUCAAAUGAAUCGUUACUAUCAAAAUAGUUGCUGAUUAUUCUGAUCAUUAACGGAUCGAUUAACUGAUGCAGCUCUGCAGGUAUUUAAUGAAACAAACAGUAAUGACAGUCAGAGCUGAGCUGUUUGACAUCAGGACGUUGAUGCUGUGAGGAGUUUGAUCUGAGCUUCAGUUUUGGGGGACGGGGUGGGGACAUACCUCUGACAUCUGUCUCCUGCUGUAGCUCCUCACGUAUCCUCUGGGGUCUGGUGAACAGACUGACACCAGACGAGCGGAAGCACAUUCGUCUACAUAUUAAGGGAACGUUCAGCUGUCCACAUACUUUUGGCGUUGUGCUGUAGCUCAGCACUGAACACACAGAUGAGCAGCGAUCAUGUUAGAACAGAAUGUCUCUGUCGAUUCGAUCUGAGGGAUCCAGACCUGUCAGACCGUGGGACGUCUCUCAUGAAUGAAGACGUCCUGCUGUCACUUCUUUCUACGUUUGACUUCAGACGCGGUGAGACUCCUGUCUCCUGAUGAAGAACCACAGUAACUUUCCUGUGAGCAUCGAAGGCUGAAGCGGACUGAAGCACGUUACACACUGACAUGAUCUGGGCUUUCAGGUACAGACUCUGGUUCAUCUUCACAUGUGAUAACAACUAAACCGUCUCCACAGCAUCUGAGCAAACUCCAUCUGAAGACACUGAGAUGUGGGUGAAAGCUCAGGGAAACCCAGCAGGCGGGUACGAAGCUCUGUGAAUCACUCUCAGCUUUUCAUGGGCUUUUUGUUUAAUUCAACUUAAUUUGGCUUCAUUUAAUUUUCUUUGUUUCCUGAGCAGAGUCAGUGUCAGUCAGGCUCCAUGUCACAGGUGGUGUCACCUGACAGAUGGAAACCAGUGAACACAUCAGUCAGGUGAUCAGCUGAAAGUGAAUCUGCCGCCGUUCAGAGAAAUCUGCUGAUUUCAGCUCCUCGUAGUUUCUGGUUCAAAGUGAAAACCAGUAACUAAAAGCUGAAUGACUGGUUUCCUGAGGGUUUCUGGGAGUUUAACUUCUGCUGACUGACUGUAGACAUGUGUGACAUUUACAUGUUACUAAGGAUAAAUGGUAAAAUAGUAAUAAUAAUAAUAUACAGCAGUAGUGCAAACAAAGAUGAAUCAUACACACUGAUGUCACACCAGAGCUUUCCUCCCUGUGGUGUGUGGUAGUCUGUCAUAUGGUCUGUGCCGUGUGUGCUGUGUGUGUGCCAUGUGUGUGUCUAUGCGGUGUGUGUGUGCUGUGUGUGUGCCAUGUGUGUGUCUAUGCGGUGUGUGUGUCUGUGCCAUGUGUGUGUGUGCGUGUGUCUGUGUGCCGUG